UUUUGUCAGAAACAUCAAACAAGGGUUGAGGUUUCUCCUCGCAGCCUCAGCCCUGCCGCUCUCCCCGGCUUUAUCUCCCGCCUGCGGCGUGCAGGGGAGCCUCUCGCACCUCGGCAGGAAGAGAUGGCAGCGGGGGAGACGCAGCUCUACGCCAAGGUCUCCAACAGGCUCCGGGGCCGCAGCACCCCCUCGCUCCUGGAGCCCCUCCUGGCCGUGGGCUUCCCGGCGCACACCGCGCUGAAGGCGUUGGCAGCCACGGGCAGGAAGUCAGCGGAGGAUGCCGCGGACUGGCUGCGUUGCCAUCGCAAUGACCCUUCCCUGGACGACCCCAUCCCCCAAGAGUACGCCCUUUUCCUCUGCCCCACGGGGGCCCUGCUGGAGAAACUUCAGGAGUUCUGGAGAGAGAGCAAGCGUCAGUGUGCAAAGAACAGAGCUCAUGAGGUCUUCCCCCACGUGACGCUCUGCGACUUCUUCACGUGUGAAGACCAGAAGGUGGAGUGCCUGUACGAGGCCCUGAAGAGAGCUGGGGACAGGGUCCUGGGCGCCUUCCCACCGGCCGUGCCGCUGGUGCUCCACUCCUCCGUCAGCUACCUCGGCUUCUUCCUCAGCGGCAGCCCCGCCGACGUCAUCCGGGAAUUUGCGGUGACCUUUGCCACAGAAGCCUCUGUCUUAGCAGACUGCGCCGUGAAGCCUUGCACCAAGCAGCUGCACCUGACCCUGGCCCACAAGUUCUACCCCCACCACCAGCGGACGCUGGAGCAGCUGGCCAGAGCCAUCCACCCCGGCCUCGGCUGCCCGUGGACCGCAGCGCUCUACUCCCGGGACAUGCGCUUCGUGCACUACCAGACCCUUAGGGCCGUGUUCCAGUACAAGCCCCAGAACGUGGACGAGCUGACGCUGAGCCCGGGCGACUACAUCUUUGUGGACCCCACUCAGCAGGAGGAAGCCAGCGAGGGAUGGGUGAUUGGGGUCUCCCAGAGGACGGGCCGCCGGGGCUUCCUGCCCGAGAACUACACGGACCGAGCCAGCGAGGCCGACACCUGGGUGAAGCACAGGACGUACACCUUCAGCCUGGCCACAGACCUGGACUCCAGAAAGGACGGCGAAGGCGGUAGCAGCCAGAGCGCGGAAUUUCAUCCUCCCCAAACGUCGAGGAGCCUUAGCAGCAUACAGGCUCUGCAGGCCACGGUGGCAAGGAGGAGCGUGCUGGUGGUGCGCCACGGGGAGCGAGUGGACCAGGUCUUCGGGAAGUCGUGGCUGCAGCAGUGUUCCACCCCCGACGGAAAAUACUACCGGCCAGACCUGAACUUCCCCUGCAGCCUGCCCCCACGGAGCGGCGGCAUCAAGGGCUUCGAAAGCGACCCGCCGCUGUCGUCCUGCGGAGUCUUCCAGUCCAGACUCGCAGGGGCCGCGCUGCUGGACAGUGGGGUCAGAGUCACCUCUGUGUUCGCCUCCCCAGCCCUCCGCUGUGUGCAGACGGCCAAACUCAUCCUGGAAGAACUCAAACUGGAGAAAAAAAUGAAGAUAAGAGUGGAACCCGGAAUCUUUGAAUGGACAAAAUGGGAGGCUGGCAAAGCCACCCCAGCCCUCAUGAGCCCGGAAGAGCUGAAAGAGGCCGACUUCCCCGUGGACGCUGACUACAGGCCUGCGUUUCCCCUCUCCUGCCUCCUGCCGGCCGAGAGCUAUGAGGAGUACGUGGACAGGUGCACAGCAAGCGUGAGACGGAUCGUCAACACCUGCGCACGGGACACAGGCGUCAUCCUGAUUGUGAGCCACGGCUCGGCGCUGGACUCCUGCACGCGGCCACUCCUCGGGCUGCCGCCCCGGGACUGCGGAGAUUUUGCCCAGUUAGUGAGAAAGAUCCCUUCCCUGGGCAUGUGCUUCUGCGAAGAAAACAGAGAGGAGGGGAAGUGGGAGCUGGCACCCCCGCCCGUGAAGACCCUGACGCACAGCUCCAACUCGGCGUUCAACUGGAGGAACUGGAUCCUGGGCAACUGAGCGGCACGGCGCGGCGACUCGCGGUGCGGAGGCUGCGAGAUGCUGUGACUUCCGAGGUGCCCUAGUCUCACCUGGUGUGAGCUGUAGAGGCACGAAACGCACUUUUACAUUUGGGGGUGUUUGUUUGCCGCCUGUUUCCGUUGUCCUUCAGGCUGGGCCGCGGGCGUGAGGCAGAGGCUGGGCUGGGGGUGCUGCCCCCGGCAGGUGCUCGCAUAUCUGCCUCCAUACGGGAAGGCGGAGCGUGGCUUGGGGGGGGAUGACACCUGGGACUCCGACUUCCAGGAGUUAAAGACUCCCCCCCAACACACACACACACACUCUUAUUCUACACGUUCGCAUCAGUGAGGUUCCCAGUUAUCUUUCCCGCUCCUGUUUCAAUCGCGCUUCAGCUGUGUCCACACGGGCUACUCAAGAAAACUGGCAGGGAACCCACCCACCAGAUCAAUGCUGGGACCUGCUCCUUAAUGUGAACACCCACGUGUCAGCAUCCUGUCACUGCAGCAACAGACGACCACAACCUUGGUGGUCACCGAAAGUUCACAGCGCAGGUUUUUCAACUCACGCAGACUUACUCUCCCACUGUCCAGGGGUCAGGGUUCAGCUGUCGAGCUCUGUCCCUCCUGGCGGCUCUAGGGGACGAUCCCUUCCCCACCCUUUCCAGCUUUCAGAGGCCACCUGCAUCCCUCUUCUCGUGCCCGACCCCAGCCCUCCAGGACAGCAGAGUAGCGUCCUCCAAGCUCUCUCUACCUCUGCCCCCACUGUCAUUGUCACCUGCCUUGGGCCCUCCGCCUCCCUCUGCCAGGGCCCCUGUGAUCCCCUUGGGCCCGCCCAGUAAUCCAGGUCAUGGCUAUCUCUGGGUCCUCAGCCUCGCUGCACCCACAAAGUCCCUUUUGCCAUGUAAGGUCCCAUGGUCACCAUCUGGGGGACUAGGAUGUGGACAGCUCUGGGGGUCAUCCCUUAGCUGCCACCCCUGUCCUCCCAGGUGCGUCAGGGCUGCUCCCACAGGCCCACGCGGUAGGGUCUGAUGCCCCGGGGUGCGGGUCUUUUUUUGGCUCCCCCUUUUCUUGCUUCCGAUCAAGAUGGCGGGAAGGGGGCUUUGCAGACGGGAGGAGUGGGUUCCCAUGACAUAACGGGGAGCCAGAAGGGCCACCAGCAAAGGGACGUCCGCCUCCAACAGUAUAAACACUAUGGUGGCUUUGACUUUAGGAAGGUGGCCCAGGAGUGGGUGGGGUCCCCCCAGUGUGGCUCCCGCCCCCACCCCACAGGUCGCACCUGUUCCCACAGCCCACGGAGGCGCCUGGCGCUGCAGGCGAGAUCCCACCACAGUGCGGUGAAAACCCACCCGCCUCUCCUCUUUCCCAUCCCCGUUCCCAUUUGGACGUCAUUUCCUGUUGCCAUUUGGGACAUGGCUGAUCUGUGCCCGGCCCUGUAUGAACUAGAGCAAUACAGAGGCCGGGGAGGCCCAGCACCGCACCUGCGGCCGGCAUGGAACAUGCGUGAGGACGUCACACACCCUGAGCCAAGGCAGAACCAGCUCCCGUCAUGCAGACCACGCAGGGCCAGACCCGACGAACAUGUCCUCGGCGUGUCCGUAAAGGGCCAUCUCCUGGGAGAAAGGCACAUUUGUCUGUCCUUGUUUUACUUUGCUAGUGACAUAAUCUUCCUGUACCCAAACACGAGGAAGCCUGUAGCUGCCACUCGAACGCCUGAUCCCAGUCCACUCCCCAUGCCAAGACCUUUAGAGAAAUGACCCAGAUGUGCCCAACGGGUGCUGACGGGAAAACGAGUGGACUCCCUGGCGUUGGGGUGGGCGGAGGCUCCCACGACAGACGUGCCCCUCUGGGCACUUGCACAGUUGGCCAUUCCUCUUCGGCAGGUGUGUGGCAGGUGGACAUCCUCCCCUGGGCUGUCCUGGACACUCCGGGGCCACACUUACUAGUCAGAUGAUGAAUAAAACUGUACAAAUCCAGUGAAUGGAUUUUGAACAGUGGCCACUCA